AUGUGUUUUCAUUUAGACUUCGUGGGUGCAAAAGCGAAUGACGCGGCUUCUCUGAUGCCAGAUGAUCUGGAGUACAGUCACCCGGAACUCAACUACGGAGCGGGCAGAGUCAUCGGAGAAGGUGGGUAUGGGACUGGCGCAGUGGCCCAUUCGUCUGGACUGUCUAACAGUGACCCGAACAGUGGGGAGGAUGACCAGAGGAGUGUGUCUCCACAGGAGAAGCACUUCUGGGACCAGAGGAUUGCACAGAUGCAACACACUCUGGAUGAGAAGACAAGUGGGAUAGAGGAGGCGAGGAAGAGACACCAGCAGUUGAGGGCCAAACUGCUGCUGUGGAGGAAGGUGUACGUGGAGUUCCAGACCAACUGUCUCCACAGACACGCCCCCAAGGAACAGCCGCACAGACGUCACUCAUGUGUCAGCAAGGGUCCAGUGAUGUGUGAACUGGACGACAUCUACCAGCCGGAAGUUUAUGCACAGGAGAAGCUGAAGUUGCCGUCUCUGGAAGAGAUUGCCAGACUGGCAGGCAGAAAGAACAGCCACGCCCACAAGAAGAGCAGUGUCAGCCCAGUAAAAGCCAAUUUGGCUGCUUGA